CCCUGACACUUGGCCAUUGCGCAUCUCUAAUGCAUUUGUGUAUGCAAUAGACACAUUCGUAUGCCAAAUCGAAAAGUAUUUACAUUUGUUUAAUUGGUAAAAAAUCGAAAUGGAAAACUUGGUUUUGCGGCGAGGGACCAGUGCCAGCAGCAAUUUCAAUAAUAUGACUGAUGAGCAGCUCCAGGAGUGGCAUUCAGCGGUUCUAACCGAGGCGCAGCGCGAAAAUUAUGUGAACCACAAUCUGGAAAUUGUGCGACAUUAUCGCACCGAGGCAAUCUCUCGAGCGCCUGCCUUCGACAUCGAGCGCAAUGCCAUAGACGCUGCCAUCGCUCGCCAUGGCUUGUACGCCUCCAAUGCUAGCGGCAGCGAGAACAGCGUCUGCACAGAGCCAGUGGCAGCAGCACAGGAGGAAAUGCAGCCGCCGCCAAUGCGCCGUCCGCGCAUGGAGCAGCCGGAGCAGCAGCAGCAGCAGCAGCCGCCGCAACAGCAGCCAAGCAUCAACGGCAUUGCUCCAACUGGCAGCUAUGGUCAUUAUGUUGCUCUGGCUCAUAUUUUCUCAGACACAUACGCUGCCCGAGGGGAGCCAACGGGCGCAGCCAAUAGCAACGCUAGCGGCAGCGCUAACCGCAAUAACAACAACAAUAACAAUGAGCCAGAGGACUCGGAAAUUAAUGAUAUGGCGAUAACUAAGACCAUCGACAGCCUGGGUCUGCGCCGCACCUAAUGAGGCGAAUGUACACUUAAUUAUAUAUUUAAGUAUAAUAUAUUUAUAUAUAUAUAUGUAUUCGAACAAAUUGUUAAACGAGAUCAUAUUGUGCAAGAUAUUGUUUAGAUCGUCUAAUGUAUAUUGUAUUUAUUAAUAGCGUUAUUCAUAAAACAAUUUCCCGGAGAAUCGAAAACGAAAAACGU